CCUGCAGCCCCAGGAGGUGAGAUCUGCAGGUUCUCUAGUUUUUAAUGACCCACCAAGGAUGGAGAAGGACAGAGACCUCAUGGCUGCGAUGAUAUUAGACCUCACCCUGGAGAUCAUCUCCUUGAUAACUGGAGAGGAUUACACAGUAGUGAAGAAGUCGUCUGGUGAGUGUGUGACACCCCGUGUGUCAGGAGGACGGAGCAGGACCCAGAGCCCCAUCACCGAGCCUCCACCUCAUUCCCUGAUACAUGGGCAGAAGCUCCUAGAACUUACCACCAGGAUCACUGAGCUGCUGAGCGGAGAGGUUCCUAUAAGGUGUCAGGAUGUCGCUGUCUAUUUCUCCAUGGAGGAGUGGGAGUAUUUAGAAGAACACAAGGAUCUGUGCAAGGACGCCAUGAUGGAGAAUCACCAGUCCCUCACAUCACCGGAUGGAUCCAGACAGAGAAAUCCUCCAGAGAGAUGUCCCAGUCCUCAGUAUUCCCAGGACUGUCCAGAGGAGAAACCAAAUGUCCCACUGGAUCAUCAGGAAAUGUCUGGUGAAAUGACAAGUGGACUCGAAGACCCCGGAUCAGAGUCUGUGAAAGGUGAGGAUGAGACGAGAGACUCCCAUGAACAUCUCCUUUUAGCUGAAGAAGUAGAAGAUAACAAGGUCACACAAGCUAAUUUAAUAAAUGCUAAUGUACCCUUAGACCUUCACAGUGGAGAUCUAUCCACCAGUACCGUUGGUCACAAGUAUCUUUUGUCCAAUCAAUCACUGAGUCAAUCACAGAAUCGGUCUAAACAAUCUGUGCAUGAAAUAAUUGACAAAGAUAAAAGACCACUUUUAGCUUCAGAAUGUGAAAAGUAUUUUAGUCAGAAAUCAAAACUUAUGGAGCGUCAAAGAAUUCACACACUGGAGAAGCCAUUUUUAUGUUCAGAAUGCGGGAAAUGUUUUGGUCUGAAAUCAAACCUUGUGAAACAUCGAAGAAUUCACACAGGGGAGAAGCCAUUUUCAUGUUCGGAAUGUGGGAAAUGUUUUGCAAAGAAUUCACAUGUUGUGGAACAUCUAAGAACUCACACAGGGGAGAAGCCGUUUUCAUGUUCGGAAUGUGGGAAAUGUUUUAGUCGAAAAUCGGUUCUUAAAGAACAUCAGAGAAUUCACACGGGAGAGAAGCCAUAUUCAUGUCCUGAAUGUGGGAAAUGUUUUUGCCAGAAAUCAGGCCUUUUGGAACAUCAAAAAACUCACACAGGAGAGAAGCCAUUUUCAUGUUCAGAAUGUGGGAAAUGUUUUAGUCUGAAAUCGUGUCUUGUUUCUCAUCAGAGAACUCAUACAGGGGAGAAGCCAUUUUCAUGUUCAGAAUGUGGCAAACGUUUCGGCUAUAAACCGGAUCUGGUUGUACAUCAAAGAACUCACACAGGGGAGAAACCGUUUUCAUGUCCUGAAUGUGAGAAAUGUUUUAGUCAGAAAAGAAAUCUUGUGAAACAUCGAAGAAUCCACACAGGGGAGAAGCCAUUUUCAUGUUUAGAAUGUGGGAAAUGUUUUAGACUCAAGUCGAUUCUUCUUUACCAUCAGAGAACUCACACAGCGGAGUAGCCAUUUCAUGUCCUGAAUGUGGAAAAUGUUUUGGCCAGAAAUCAAGCCUUGUAGAACAUCGAAGAAUUCACACAGGGGAGAAGCCAUUUUCAUGUCCUGAAUGUGGGAAAUGUUGAUGCCAGAAAUCAGGCAUUUUGGAACAUCAAAGAACUCACAUAGGAGAGAAGCCAUUUUCAUGUUCAGAAUGUGGGAAAU